AACCGCUCCAGGCUGUGUGUGUCACUGCUUCCUGUGCUGCAGUGAGUGAGAUUUCCUGCGAUCUGUGCCUGUGUAUAACAUGCAGGCCUCUCUGCUGCAGAUACCAGCUCUGAGGACUCGACUCCACACCACCGCAAGCCAAUCAAACAGCGAGGGACUCUGUUUCCAGCCAAUCGGAGAGCGAGUGCUGUAGACGUUUGCUAGAAAAGUUACCGACACCACGGCAGUUGAGAUUGAAGCGGUCUCUGUGAUCUUUGAAGUGAAGCUGCGUUCGUCUGAGUUGAUGUUCUGUUGAGGAGAGAUGUGUUUGUACGACAGGAAGGCUGUGUUCGUGUUGCUGUGGGUGUGGUGUGCAGUGGCUCUGGAUGCUAUGGCUGCCAGUAGGAAUGUGUUUGGGGUCGUUGGGGAGAAGGUGGAGUUACCCUGUGGGACCUUGGCACAUAGCAAGUUCAGUGUGGUGUGGUCAUUCGGAAAACAGGAGGGCAGUCAACCACAGAAAUUUAUCAAACAAUCUUUCCCAGGAAGCCAGAGAAAAGACUCGAGUGACAUUGCCAAGAGAUCGACCCUGAGUAAUCAGGAAAACUCCCUCAUCAUCAAUCCUGCAAAAGCAGAGGAUGAAGGGUAUUUCCACUGCCUGCUGUCGGGGGAUACCGGUAGCAAAGAGAACAAGUACAGGCUGCGUCUGCUUAAAGUCCAUGCAGACCCAGACGGCCCUGUCCUAAGCUCUCAGAGUGUGACUCUAACCUGCGAUGUCAAGGACAUUUCUGACUUGGCCAUCAAGACCAGUUGGCACGACCCCAGAGGGACUCAGAUGAUGGCUUCAAGGAAGCAAGAAAAUAAACUUGUGCUUAAUAAUUUAACUGCGAAGGUUUCCGGGGACUGGAAAUUCCGAGUGGAAUACAACAACAAGACUGUGGAGGCCACGUACAGGAUGGUGGUCAUAGGUUUCGUCGACCCGCAGCCUGUAAUCAGAUACACCCGUCCUCGAGCCAGCGUGCUCCUACCCUGCCUGAUUGACAAGGUGAUGGGCACAGUGAAGUGGGACCAUGUCAUCCGUGCUGGCCUGCGAGGGGUGGAGUGGAGCUUCAUUCCAGACACAGGCAAAGAAAGAAAGAUAUUGUCUAUGAACACGACCGGGGCAGACAUCCCCUGGGUGAUCCCGGGGCAGAACCACAAGUUCCGUUACAGCACCUCUGAGAGGAACUCCAUGAACUUCUCCUUGCUCAUCUCGGAUGUCAGGCCAGUGGACGAGGGGGAGUACCGGUGCCAUACCCAAUUCCAAGGAAACAAUCUGACAUCCGUGGUGCAUCUGGAGAUCCUGAAAGUUAUCUCUGAGCCUGAAGGCCCCAUUGUGGAGGGGACAGGAGUCAAUCUGUCCUGCGUGGUCCGGAAAGAGGCCGCAGAGUUCAAAGCAGAAUGGAGCGCAGCCAGGGGCCCCAAACAAGAGAUCCAGACCCACGCUGUAGCCGGAGGACUGGCGCUGCGUGUGGACAGCUUGACGAAGGAGCAGGCCGGGCCAUGGAAGUGCAGCGUGUUUAUCAAAGGACACCUGCAGACCAGCCUGGAGUACACGAUCACUACAGCGAGGCCCCCUGUAGAUGUGUGGUUGGUUCUGCUGGUAGGGGGCGCUGUGCUGCUGUGCACUCUCCUGGUCCUGCUCAUCUACUGCUUCGUCAGGAGACGCCCUGCGAACCCCAUGCAUAGAAGACCAAGAAGAGGCCGAACAAAGUAUUGUAAAUGCAAGCAUCCCCAACCAAAAGCGUUCUACCGAGCCUGAAUCCCAGGAGGCCGGGACUUCCGACACUGCAGCCAGGAAUUCAUUAUUAACAACAUUAACAAGCUGGUCCUCUACUGGCAGCUUUUACCUGUCACAUCUGGAGCCCUGUUGUCCUGUCCAGACUUUAAUGAACUGUUUUAAUAAUAAUUACUCUUCAAUCUUCAAAGCUCCUUAUCCUUAACUUGAGAGAAAGAGACAGAGUGGCAGAGAGAAGGGGGAGAGAGAGAGUUUGAGAGAGAGAGAGAGAGAGAGAGAGAGAGAGAGAGAGAGAGAGAGAGAUUGAGAGACUGUAUAAAUGUGUUACAAACAAUUUCUACUUCACUGUUUGUGAGGCAAAUUAUAUAUUAACCAUUUCUUACUGUCUGUCAGAUUUUGUGCAGAUGUGCAUCUGUAUCAUAUAAAAUGUACAUAUUGCUUUGUUAUGUGAUGCAUUUUAAUAUACUUUAUUACGUUCAUUAAAAACAGUAUUCAAAGUUUAA